AUGGCUCCUUCUUUUGAUAUAACUUCUCACACUGUUUGUGUUAUGGAUGCCUCCGGUCAAUUAGGGUUUAGUCUUGUUCAAAGACUUCUUCAAAGAGGGUACACCGUUCAUGCCUCCAUUCAAAAAUAUGCAGAAGAAGAUCUAUUCAAUGGAGUUUCUGCUGAUUCUGAUAAACUCAAGAUUUUUCGAUCAGACCCUUUUGAUUAUCAUAGCAUAGUUGAUGCUCUUAGAGGUUGCUCUGGUUUGUUCUACUCGUUUGAACCUCCUCUUGACCAACCAAAUUAUGAUGAAUAUAUGGCUGACGUGGAAGUUAGAGCAGCACAUAACGUGCUUGAAGCUUGUGCUCAAACAGAAACAAUAGAUAAGGUUGUUUUCACAUCCUCAGCAACUGCUGUUGUUUGGAGAGAGGAUCGUAAAACCAUUGAACCUGAUUUGGAUGAAAUUCAUUGGAGUGAUGUCAAUUUCUGUCGCAAAUUUAAGUUAUGGCAUGGGAUGUCAAAGACACUAUCUGAGAAAACAGCGUUUGCAUUAGCAAUGGACAGAGGAGUGAACAUGGUGUCUAUCAAUGCAGGCUUAUUGAUGACUCAGGAUCUUUCCAUUAAACAUCCUUAUUUAAGAGGAGCUGCUGAAAUGUACGAGGAUGGUGUCUUUGUGACCGUUGAUUUAGGUUUCUUGGUCGAUACUCACAUCUGUGUCUACGAGGAUGUUUCAUCCUACGGUCGUUAUUUAUGCUUCAAUCAUAUUAUUAACACUCAAGACGAUGCUGUUCAGCUCGCGCACAAAUUAACACCUACCGCAUCUUCUUCCUUACCCCAAAGCGGUGACUAUGGAAAGAGUUUCAUUGAACAGAAAAUAAGCAACAAGAAGUUGAACAAAUUAAUGGUGGACUUUGAAGCUUAA